AUGGCGUUAUCGCCUUGGCAGCUGUGCUUCCACGCGGACCUCAAGUGCCGCGUGAGGGCUUGCAGCAAUAGAAGGGUUAUGGGCAACACGGCGUCCUCUCUUUAUUGUCGACAUCACGCUUGUACCGUGUGCCUCAAGUUCAAGACGUGUUUAAAGCGUGGUCACGGAGAGGAGAAGAUCUGUCAUCACCACGGUUGUGCUCUCACCGAAUGCAAGGAACCACGUUGUCCAAAGAAGAGCUCGCCAUACUGUAAUAAACAUGCCUGCAGCAUCAAGGAUUGCGACCAGCUGCGGCAGAGUCCGGGUCUCUGUUGCCGCCAACACACAUGCCACGGCCGUGGAUGUGUAAACUGUAUUAACAACGACUCUUCAUCCUCUCCGCCUCCGGGCCAGGGUCCCCCAUACUACUGCCACGGCCACCAAGUAUGCCAGGCCGACGGGUGCGAGUCCCUCGUAUUCCACGACGUCUUGCACCGACCAGCUAAAUACUGCUUUCGGCACUUCUGCGCAGCAUCGGCGACGUGCGAAGGGCAGCGCGUAGAAGGCGACGGGGCGCAGGCCUGCCGCGACCACUCCUGCGCCCUCCACCCGACCUGCCCCAAGCCCCGCGUGGAUAUAACCCGGGGGAGCCUCUUCUGCGACGACCACGAGUGCGCGGACCCCGCGUGUCGGAAGCAGACGUACGACGGCGGCGGCGGCGCCGGCGGCGCGGGGAGCAAGUGGUGCGCGGACCACAUGUGCAUGGCGGCGCUGCUGCGACACGCCGACUGCGCGGAUCAGCGCGAGGGCACGGCGGCGAAUCCGCUGUACUGCGCUGACCACGGGCCUCGUGCACACCAUGCGCAUGCGCAUGCGCAUCCCGGCUUACACCAGCAUAGCCGGUGCCGCUGCCGAGGAAGUGCGGGUGGUGGCUGUCGAGGGGGGGGGAUAUGUUUCCGGGCUACGGCGGCUGUGAUAGCGGGGGAUAGCGGCGGAGGGGGAGGAGGAGGAGGGUUUUGCGAGUGUCAUUGUGGUGGGGAUGAUGAUGAUGAUGAUGACGAUGGCGGCGAUGACGACGAUGAUAGUGUUACGGAUCAUGGAGACGGAUGUGGAGGAGGCGGAGGAGGUGGUGGCGGCGGAAGCGGCGUAGGGGUGGAGAUAGAAGGUUGUGUUUGUGGUGGUGGUGGUAAGAAGAAGAGAUAGUGAGGCUGAGGUUGGAAGACAUAUCGAAUAAGUAGGCCACUUGCCUAUGUAGCUAGCUAAGUUCGUUGUCUUGAUAUUUACUUACUUUAUCUAACUGCCGCUGAACUUAAAAAGAAUGCCUUAAGUAGGUA